GUCUCCCAGCAAAUUGGGUUUUACAAAAUGUUUCUUUAAGGUGUUAUACCUGGGAAUGAAACAACGUGAUGAAUAAAAAAAAUAUAUUCUCCCCUCCCUGAAUAUCAGUCAAUAAAAAUAAUGGCGGUUAAGUGAUACCGUGAAAUAUCAUUACUCAUUACAUAGGUAGCUGGACUAUUGACAUGUGGGCGGCAACCAAUCUGCCUACUAUAUGUGUGGAUUAACUGACUACUGGCUGGCAAAUCUGUUGAGAGAACAUUUCCAAUUGAGAGAACAUUUCCAGUUGAGAGUACAUUUCCCAGCGAUACAAUAGGCAGCAGCUACACAACCAAGUGUAUAACGGUUUGGUUGUUGUAAUAAGGCGUACAUGUCAAUUUAUUCCUUAACAAGGAAGUGAGACAGCGCUCAGGAAAAGAAGUUUGUCCGCUUGGAACGUUCCCGCGGGCCCUCCUAUCGCGCGUCCCUGAUGUCAGCAUGAGUAAGGAGUACCUCAGCGACAGUCCCCCCGCCCAGAACUCUGCAGAAAACAAUGAAAAGGAAUGGGUUGCCAAUGUGUGUCAGGUGUGUGGAGAUCGGGCCACAGGACACCACUUCCACGCCAUGACCUGUGAGGGUUGCAAGGGCUUCUUCCGGCGUUCCAUGAAGCAAGCCACAGUGUUCCGAUGCCCACGGCAGGGUGUGUGUGUCAUCACCAAGUUCAACCGGCGUGAGUGCCAGGCCUGCCGACUCCGCAAAUGCCAGUCCGUUGGCAUGCUGAAAGAUUUAAUCAUGUCUGACGAGGCUGUGGAGAAGAGGAGGAGUCAGAUCAGGAGGAAGAGAGAGGUUGAACGGCCACCCUGCCUCUCAUCAUUGCAGGAAUCAGUCAUUGAGGAGCUGGUCAAUGCCCAUGACAAGACUUUCGACGCCACCUUCUCACAUUUCCAGUUCAGGCCCAUAGACAGAGACCUUAAUCCCAUGUCUGUGUGGAAAGGGACCGCUAGCUGCCCGAGAGUAGCACUGAAUGCGGAAAUGGAUGAGUUUUUGUCCUCAUCCUCCACCCCCAUCUCAACCUCCCAUUAUUCGUGUCCUGUGGAAAGGAAGGACAAUGUUUUCACCACUCUGCCCCACAUAGCUGACCUUACCACGUACAUGAUCCAGAACAUCAUCAACUUUGCCAAGGGACUCCACUCCUUCAGGGCCCUGGCCAUAGACGACCAGAUCUCUCUGUUAAAGGGGGCAAUGUUCGAGAUCAUGCAGAUCCGCUUCAACAUGCUGUUCAACGCCAAGACGGGGAACUGGGAGUGUGGUUCUCAAACUUACUGCAUGGAUGACGCUGUCCGCGCUGGCUUUCAGCGCCACCUCCUGGAUCCUCUGAUGCAAUAUCACUACACCCUCAGGAACCUACAGCUGCAGGAGGUGGAGUAUGUUCUCAUGCAGGCCAUCUCCCUCUUCUCCCCAGAGCGUCCAGGUGUGAUCCACCACGAUGUGAUUGACAGGCUACAGGAGAACCUGGCGAUCGUGUUAAAGGUCCACAUCGACUCCAAGAGGACCAAGCCGGGGAAACACCUGCUGUACCCCAAGAUUCUGGCUUGUCUAACGGAGAUGAGGACAAUGAAUGAGGAGUACUCCAAACAGGUACUGCAUAUUGUGGACAUCCAGCCUGACAACUCAUUUGAUCCUCUCAUUCUGGAAGUGGUCAGCAAGGACCCCUGAGACGGACACAGCGAGGCAGGCAUAAUCAGAGACGCCUGAAUAGCUUUUGGGGAGCUUGCUGAAUCCACCAUCCUGAGACAGGACACCACAGGCAUUAACUACAAGGCCUAUAAUCAUCCAUGUGAAUCAUCCACAAUGAGGGAAUUGGACAUUUUUCCCUUGCAAGAAUUAAGCUUUUAUUUAUUUCAAAGUGACCACUGUAUGUCUGUGAUAACGAUGCAUUUCAGAUGUAUUGUGCGUUUGCUUGUACGUUUAUUCUAUUAGCCAUCAUUCAAUGCUGCAUAUUACUAACGGAAAACAAUCGUCAGAGCUUGUUUUUUAAAGAACAAAUGCGUAGUCCUCUUAAACAGGACUGCACAAAGGGAAGUGUUCAGUACAUAACCCCUGACCCCUGACCUGCUUUGUCCUUACGGACGGGCCACAGGCUGCUAUCGUUUCCCUUAAAGAUGGUCGACGCCUCCUUAACUAUGAGAUCAUCAAUCUAGUCCAUAUCAGUGUAUCCUUUACAGCAGAAGACUGGAGAAUGCGUGUGCAUGUGAAAAUAACACAUCAGAACAGUGAGCGUUAUACGUAUUGUAUGUGUUGGAGUAUAUCACAAAUGCAGCUACCUGUAUUCAGUGUUUUGGUAUGUUUGUGUUUAUGCUUUGUGUUUAUUGGGUUGUUGUUUUUUCGGUUUAGCCAUGUGAUGUAAAUAUGGGGUUGUUUUUUUCGGUUUAGCCAUGUGAUGUAAAUUUGGGGUUGUGUUUUUCGGUUUAGCCAUGUGAUGUAAAUUUGCGGUUAUGGGAUGGUGUUUUGUGUUUGUUUCCAUGUGAUAUGAAACACAAGGCCGUAUGGCGUGUUUGGCUGGUAAUGUUGCGUCGGGGUUGCCCUUCUUAUCUUCGUGAUGUAACAUUAGCACCUACACGGGACACCUCAUGUCCAGCACUCGCCACCUUUCAACCUUGAACCUUGCUAUUUAAUACACCAACCAUGAGCCUUAUGACAUUGGAGCGUUCUCAGGGUGUUCUAUUAUGUCCGCACAAGUACGGUUACAGAUCAAGUUAACUGUUAUUUAACAGAAAUCAUCAAGCAUUGGUUCCCAACCCUUUUUCAGUUACUCUACCACCAACAGAAGGUUGCUUUGCUCUGAAUACCCCUGAAGUAAGCCCUCAUGGUCAUUUUACAAGUUAACCUAUGGGUUAACCUAUCAUGAGUGUUCUCAAGUACCCCCUGUUGAUAGACCAAGUACGCCUGGUUGGGAACCACUGAGCUAGUGGACAAUUCAGAUGAUUAUCUGUCAAGCAAAAAACACAAGAUGUCCUUCUUGCUUGCGUAGGCCUACAGUAUGUGACUCACCUGGGAACAGUGCUAAGUAUAGCAUUUGACAUUGUUUAUUGUGUUUUACUGUCUAUGUGGCCUCCGGUAGUUGAGAAGAUGAGGAAGAUGUUGAAUGUAAUAAAUAUUAUAUUGUGAAUUAUUUUUGUGAAUAAAAAAACUCUGCAUUUGAAUUGUUACAAUA